CAGUCACUGCAGUGGGGCAAUUCAAACAUUCUCACCGCCAUGGAGUAACCUCAAAAACUGACUUUCGGAUCGAGUCCCGGCAGUUCCAUAUCGAACACGACGUAGACUUUUCUCCUUUCUCGGUUCGGGUUGGACGAUGGGCAACCACGGCUCCAACUUGGACGACAUCCUCGCAGAGGACAUGCACCACUGGUACAACAUGUUCAUGCGCGAGUCGCCGUCGGGCCUCAUCACGCUGUUCGAGCUAAAGACCAUCUUGGGCCUGAAGGGCUUGACCGAGAACGCCAACAGUUACGUGGACCAGGUCUUCUACACCUUCGACAUGGAUGGGGAUGGUUAUAUCGACUUUGUGGAAUACAUCGCCGCCAUCAGUCUGUUGCUGAAAGGAGAAAUCAACCAGAAGUUGAAGUGGUACUUCAAACUCUUUGACCAGGAUGGCAAUGGAAAAAUAGACAAGGAGGAAUUGGAGACUAUCUUCUCGGCAAUUCAGGACAUCACACGAAACAGAGACAUCGAUCCCGAAGAGAUUGUCACACUCAUAUUUGAAAGGAUCGACGUGAAGGGAGAAGGUGAGCUUACCCUGGAGGAGUUCAUCGAGGGUGCCAAAGACCACGACGACAUCAUGGAUAUGCUGAAGAACCUGAUGGACUUGACGCCGGUGUUGAUCAUCAUCGUGGAGGGUCGAAGACCAUGAGCUGACCAAAAAACAGAACAAAAAUACUGUUAAAAGACCAGCUCCAAAUCCCAGACACUUGUCUGUGAUCGACCGCCUUCCCGGUUAUCAGAUGGACAAGACAAACAGUUGUCUUUCCUAUGAAUACGCAAAAAUACUUUACGACUGGAAAAAAAUCACUAUUAUUAUGUUAGUACAAAAACAGGUGUGAUGACACCACGAUUUAUAUAUUUUUGGAGAAGUGAGCUUAGCAAACCUAAAUUGACCUUUCAGAGUCACUUCAGAGAUUUCGUGCCUGCAUGUUCAUUUUUACUGAAAUUCAGGGGGAAAAUAUAUAUUUCAAGUUCCAUAUCCAUGCUUCUAUCGAGUGUGGCCCUAAUAUUACACAUGGUAAUAAUAAAACAUAGCUUUGAUGAAAUUGAAUAUCAUGAACAAGUCAUGGUUGUGGCAAAGUACGCUGAUAUUACUUUGUCAUAUAGGGUUUCAAAAAAUAUUAACUAAUGUGCCUAACACUAGAUGCUUUGUUCAUGAUCUUAAUAUACUUUUGCUCGACAAAAAUCUAUUAAAUCAUUUUAAAUUAAAACAAGGGUAAACACAUGUUUGAUGUGAUCUCUUGCAGUGACUAAUUUCGCCUGAAAUGACUGGAUAUUUGAGGUAAAGAGGCUAACACGGUAAUGAUAACCAAACUUGUAAACAUCAGGGCUAUAGCGUGUAUUAGUUAGAACACUGUGCGUCACUGGAUAAAAUUACCACUAAAUACUAUAUGAAAUAGUUUUAACCAAUACUACUAACGUUGGAAAAAUCUGUGCUAACCUGCUGACCAAUAGUAGAAUUUGUUAGCAUCUGUGCUAAGCUGCUAAUUAAUAAUACAAUGGGUGAAAUCUGUGAAGUUGAAGUAGUUCAAAUAAGUGCUAAGUCGCUCAGUAAUUCCUGACCUGGUGAAAAUCAAUUUAAACAGGGUCAGUAAGUUAAUACUAACAAGGAUAGCCCAACGUAUUAGCAUCAGUGCUAAGCUCCGAACUUGAUUAGUUUCUCCAGAUCAAACAGGCUACAGAUAUUGUGCAAUAGAUUUUUUACAGUGAAUGUAUUCAUAUAAAAGUUCAUUGUAACGAAUCAAGUUUUA